CUCUUCUUACUGUUUGUCACUGUUUGUGGAAGUAGCAUUAGCGUGGAGAGCGUCCCGUUGCCCGAUUCUGGUCCACUUUUGGCAAAUGAAUGGGGAGAAGCAGUCCGGCUCCGACAUCUGUACGCAGCCAGACACGGUUUACAUCUGCAGAUAAACCCAGCCAGGGAAAUAAGCGGAUCGUACAUGCAAAGCUCGGACAGUCUGGUUGAGAUAAGGCCAGUGGAUAUGGGCUGUGUUGCCAUUAAAGGCGUCGCAAGCUCCAGAUUCAUGUGCAUUCAUGCUGUUUCUUUUGUUUUGCAGCACACUAAGACUAAGGAGGACUGCUCUUUUUUGGAACGCAUCAUGCCAGAUGGCUACAACAUCUACAUCUCAAGCAAACAUGGAGCCCUUGUGAAUUUGGGUGGUGCUAAAAGCAAGUUGCACAGUAACGACAGGACUGCUGCAUCUCAGUUCCUGCCCAUGGUCAACACAUUUUCUCAGGAACCUACCAACCACCGUUCAGGGGAACAAUGCUUUCCUGAUGACCUUGAACAGGACCAUCAGUUGGACCUUGAAAUAGACAGUAUGAUCCCUUUUGGAAAGAUCUCUCAAAUUGUAAUCCAGAGUCCCAGUUUCAACAAAAGAUGAGGAGUGAACAAUCACUUGUGAAUGUUCUAAGGAAACAAAACAGGGAUCGACUGUACAAAAUCAGUCCUGCCUUGAACCAGAGCACAGGGCCAGGCUUUCAGAAAGAGACAAUGCUAUAAAAGUCCAGUGAAAGCAAACGGCACACUGGACACAGUCACAGGAUAAAUGUAGUAUUAUAGACUGGAGAGGAAAAACCAAAACACUCCAAAUGUUGAAGCUCGUUGAAAGAUAAACCAUAAUGGUGCAACACCUGCACCUUGAAUUUAUUUAUUUUU